CACAUAUGGAGCACACGUUUUUUCUCGGGCGUGUAUAAAAGCGAGAGUGGCUCAAUUGGAACUUCACAUCCUCACCAACUGUUUGUUCUCUUGGACAUCAAUCGGCUGACUCGUGCACAAAACAAAACAUUUCUUUAGCAACUACAAUGGCAGCUUUUAAAAUUGCGUUGAUCUUUGUGGCUAUGGUGGCAGUGGCUUACGCUGAAGAAGCCGCCAAGGAAACCAACGUUGAAGAUUUGGAGUUGGCUGAGAGCAAAUCCAAGAAACACGGAGGUUACGGUUACGGCAGCAGCUACGGGUACUCCGCACCUAGUUACGGAAGCAGCUAUGGUUAUUCCGCUCCUAGCUACGGUUACGCCGCUCCUAGCUACGGUUACGCCGCCCCUAGCUACGGUUAUUCCGCUCCUAGCUACGGUUAUUCCGCUCCUAGCUACGGAAGCAGUUACGGAUAUGCCGCACCCAGCUACGGUAAAGGCAAAGGUAAAGGCAAAGGAGCGAGCUACGGAAGCAGCUACGGCUAUGGCGGUUCCAGCUAUGGUUACGGAGGCAGCAGCUACGGUUACGCAGCACCUUCAUACGGAAAAGGCAAAGGCAAAGGCAAAGGAAAGGGACACAGCUACGGAUACUCUAGCUACGGAUACGGUUAUUGAGGCAAACGAAAGAGCUAUUCAACUUCACGACAAGACACAACCUCUACAUAAUUAAACAAUGCGUUAAUGUGUGUAACAACCGUUCCCGUAUGUAUCCACUAUGCGUGCAAUUGAGCUCAACUACUUUAAUUUAAAAAUACAUCUGUCAUAAAUAAAA